CGGACACGGUACUGCACGUUGUUUGCACCGGUGUUAUUUACCGUCAAGCUACAUUGUCGCGUUUUUCCCGCGUCGAGUGUCUUUCCCCGGCCCGCGCGAAUCAACGACGCGGUUCGCCAGUUACCAUCUUCUUUCAUCGGCCGGUGACGCGGUACCCCGUGGUUCUCCGGUUUACGUCGUUCCGCGCGAAUGAAGAAUCAAUUGACGGCCGUUGCACUAGCUUUUCUCGCGUUGCGUCAGUGAAGUGCCUCGUUUUUGUUGUGGCGUAGUUCGGUGAGCUGGUUACGCUGCUGGACGCGAGUGAAAGCUCGCCGAUGUUUACUGGAGGAAAAUGUAAAAUUGAAGGAAUGUUUGUACAAACAGCGCAGAGGACAUAAAGACUCGCCUGAGAGAGUUUGCGGGUUAAACAACUCAACCGGACUAGGUGUUUCGGAGACACUGGAUUUGCAAGUUAGAGGAUUCCUUGCUCUGAGAGUUCAAAGGACACUUAGAUCGCGAGACAGAGAACUUCUCGGACCAAGAGUCCAAUUCGAAACGCGCAAGUAUCGGAGAGAAGCUGCUGGAGGUACUCGAGGUUUGCAGAAUCACAGAGGAACCGCGUUGCAUGUAGCCGACGGCCGCGAGACUGGUCUUCCCAAUGGAUCCUAUAGUUCUAGAGAGCAACGCGGCGGAGUUGGGUGGGGACCAACAACAACAACAGCAACAACAACAUCAACAGCAGCAGCAGCAACAGCAGUAUGGCGAGGUGAACCAACUGGGUGGCGUGUUCGUGAAUGGGCGACCCCUGCCAAACGCGGUUAGGCUGCGAAUAGUGGAGCUUGCACAGCUGGGCAUCAGGCCGUGCGACAUCUCGCGGCAGCUGCGGGUCAGCCAUGGUUGUGUCAGCAAAAUCUUGGCCCGUUACCACGAGACAGGCAGCAUACUGCCGGGCGCGAUCGGCGGCAGCAAGCCCCGGGUGACCACGCCGAAGGUGGUCCAGUACAUCAAGCAGCUGAAGCUCAAGGAUCCGGGUAUCUUCGCCUGGGAGAUCAGGGAUCGUCUGCUGUCCGACGGCGUAUGCGACAAAUACAACGUGCCAUCGGUGAGCAGCAUCUCCAGGAUACUGAGGAACAAGGUCGGCGCCGCCACUGCAUUGCAUCAUCAUCCCCAUCAUCCAGCGCAUCAUCACCAUCAUCAUCACCUGUACGCGGCCGCGGCCGCCGCAGGAGCUGCGCUCUGUCCCGUCCCUUAUCCGCCGACGCCUUAUCACGCGACGCCACCACCCGCUGUAACGCAUCACCAUCAUCAUCAUCAUAUUCCAGUUGGCCCGACGACGCCGAGCAAGCUGUCGCCAUCGUCGCCGACCGCGAUCCACGCCGGUCACCAGACGACCACCGCCAGCAGCCUACAGUGGCCGAGUCCUCACACGGUCCACGAUAUCCUCGCCAGCGGUUGCAAUCUGACAGUCAAUUCUCCGUCGUCCUCGUCGCCGACCUCGCCGCUCUGCGCGACGGUCAACAACAACCACCAUCAUCACGGCCAUCAUCAUCACCAGCCUAACGACAACGUUGUCAACAACAACAACAACAACGAGGAAUCCAGUGGAACCGGUUACCAUCAUCCGCACCACCAUCACCAUCACCAUCAACAGUAUUACGCGUCGGCCCUCUACCAUCAUCAUCACCAUCAUCACUCGGACAACGCGACGCCCGUGGUGACCGCGUCUCCCGUCCUCGCCGUUCAAUCGAUCAUGAUGCAAUCAUCCGCGGCGAACAGUCAACCGGCCAGUCCAUGUAACUGAGAUUAGAUUCGUUUUAUCGGAAGAAAAGCGUGUCCCUGGUGUCAAGCAACAAGAGAAGAAGUGCAGACGACGAGAGCAACAUAUAUUGUACAAGUGGAAUAGGUUCUGGAAAGUGUAGUGAAGAGACACGGUAAAAGGUACUUACUUUUUCUGAACGCGACACGCCCUUGGUGACCGCUUGCUUCUCCUAUCCUCACCGUGCAAUCAUAAUGCAGUCUUCCGGGUAGCUGAGAAGUUGUUUCAUCGUCGAAGCGUUGUCCCUAGAAUCGAUAAACGACAGAAGACUUUGUAGAAGUGAAAUAGGUUUUGAAAAGUGUAGUGAAGAGACACGGUAAAAGGUACCUUUUGUGAAGAUCCGUGAGAACAGAGACGCUGUGGUGCAAAAGAAACAGUUGAUCGUCGGAGUCGCUGUUGCGCCAUUCUGUAACGAAACAACGCGACGAUUACUAUGUUGAGCGAUCGAAGAACGUUGUUGAAUCUUUGAUACCAGUGUUCCGAACAAUAGAAAGUACGAGAGGGGUAUAUCACCAGUAUUACAUAUUUUUAUCGCCGUGUGCCAUAGAUUGAAUGCCAAGAGUGCCUUUUUUCGAGUGCCAUAAAGAAACUUAAUUCUAUGUAUUUACCGUAUACGCGACGAACUAUGAGAAAACGACGGAACAGGGAGAUUGUUACUAUUUUUUCGUCCCUUUUGUCCGUUUUCGUACGUUUGCACGAACCUUGCGUAGUCGAGGAAGAUAUACAUAGUGAAUCAAA